AGCGCACGCGGGCGGAGAAGCGCCAUUGAAGCAAAGUCCCAACGUGAGCGAGUCGUCAAAGUGCACUGUGUUGAAAAGUGCACAUUAUUGAGCAUAUACCAGCGCAGGCGUUGAACCGGAGGGAUGGCGUACAGAGGACAGGGACAGAAGGUCCAGAAGGUGAUGGUGCAGCCCAUCAACCUGAUUUUCAGGUAUCUACAAAAUCGCUCACGGAUCCAGGUGUGGUUGUAUGAGCAGGUGAACAUGCGGAUAGAGGGCUGCAUUAUUGGCUUUGAUGAAUACAUGAACCUGGUUCUAGAUGAUGCUGAGGAAGUCCACAUGAAGACUAAGAACAGAAAGCCGCUGGGGAGGAUCAUGUUGAAAGGAGACAACAUCACCUUGUUGCAGAGUGUGUCUAACUAGGACAGUGGAGACGCCUACACAUCCGACCUGUCCUAGGAAGACAUUUUCCCUUUUUGUUUUUACAAAUUGGUGUUAAUUCUGUUUGUGUUUGUAUAACAAGAUUAUUGAAGCUGUUUGAGAAUAAAGUUUUGUUUUUUUCUUA